UAAGGUUUAUUUAACUAGAUGGCGCUCUCAAAACAGAAAAUCGUUAAUUUAAUCUGUUCUGUGGUUUUCAUUAACACGAUAAUCUGAAUUGUAUAUCGGGAAUUGUAUUAAAAUUUGAGGUUGACAGUUAUGAGAUUUGUAUAAAGGAUAUUGCAAGUGACAUGUUAUAGGUUAUUAACAUUAUGACGAUUAAAUACACAUAAAUAUGAAACAACAAGUCAUAGAUACCAAAACAAUUUCUGGAUCAACAGGAGAAGCUGACGAGUGUUUGUUUGAAUAUUUACAUGCUGAAAUAGUUAAUUAUGUUUUAAGUUUAUCGCUAGAUACAAAGGAAGGUAAAGAGGAUCUGUCUCGAUUGGAAUGGAUGGGAUUUAGUGUUGGAUAUAAAAUCAUUGAACGAUUAACAAGAGAAUGGAGUCGUUUCAAAGAUGAAUUAGAUAUGAUUAAAUUUAUAUGUACAGAUUUUUGGUGCAGCUUAUAUCAUAAACAAAUUGAUAAUCUUAGAACAAAUCACCAUGGGGUAUAUGUAUUACAAGACAAUUCAUUUCGUUUGUUAGAUAAAGUCGGUACUAAUAAUACUAAACAAUAUCUUCCAGAAAGUCCACGCUUAUUAGCAUUUACAUGUGGUUUAUUACGAGGUAGUUUAGCAAAUCUUGGUAUUGUAAGUACUGUAACAGCGGAAACGUCAGCUUUACCAAGUUGCAAAUUCCAUGUUCAAGUACAAAGAAUUUAACAUGUAUAGCUAAGAUAAUAUGCAUUUCAUAUGAUUUAUCACUACAUUAUUGAUAUAAAGUCUGAAAGAUAUAUAAUAUUUUAGUAAUGGAUAUGAGUUUUAUAGUUAACAUGAAGAACAUGUCAAUUAUAUCUAAAAUUUUCUAUAAAUUGUAAAUGAUGUAAAGAAUUAAAACUUAACAUAUACAAGUAAAAUAAAUAUGUAAGUAUUAUAUAACAUUAUAAUUUAUUGGCACUUAUAGAUGUCUAGGCUUUUGCAACUUUAUAAACAUAAUGGAAUAAUUAGCAGUUUUCAAGACAUUUAAUUCUUACUCCACCAUAAUAUUCUUUAAUAUAAAUUACAUAUGUCUACAAUUUUAUAUUGUUCCAUUAAUUUAUUAAUAUAAAAUUAUAAAAACAGCGAUAUACAAAAACUUAUGUGGAUCCAUUAGUUUGUAAAGUAUUGUCCUUACUAGAAAUAAAAUUAACAAUGUCAGAAGGAUUUAUAAUUCCAA